UUUUACUCUGAAAACAGCUUGAUUAUAUAGACAACCCAAUUUUUUAAUCGACUUAUUGAUUGAGUCAUAGAUAAAAAAAUAUUAUGCAAAGAAUUGCUAUCAGACAAACAACAAUCGUCUGGUCACAAAUUAAUCCGAUUAGAUCUGGACCAAAAUGGAAGACAUUAACAAGAAAUCGAAUAAAUGCCGUGUUUACUAAUGUACGAUUUGUGACGAGUCAAACCAACCACAAGAAUGAUUUCAGUUCAAUAAACAAAUACAACGAUGCCAAACCGGACGUUGGAACAAAGGAUUCAGAUACGAAUGUGGUUAUUAUCAAGAAUAAAAGGCGUAAGACAGCAAGAGAACAUUUGAGCUCACAGAAAAAUUCCCCCGAGUCGAAAAGAGGAAAGAAUAAGUCGAAAGGUUUUGUUAGCCGCCUUCUUAGUGCUUUAGAACAUGACGCUAAAGAGAACCCAAAACCUUUGGAAGAUCAUACUUUAUCAUCUUCAUGGAGUCAAAUCGACAAUGAAAUUGUCUACAAACGCGUGGAACCACCAAGAGAGGUAAAGGUACCAAGCCUUGCCCAUGAGUUAGAACGGGUCUUGUUCAAUCCAGGCGUUCAUUUUCUCAAAGAUCCUCGUACAAAACAAUACAACUUUACGCCUUUUCUUGAGAACAUUACUCAACCAUCAGAAUUCAAUUAUGAUGCUAUGCAACCCUACAUUACUUCUUCCAAAGACAAAAAUCUGCUGGAGAUGGCGCGCGACCAUAAUAAACGGUAUCUAGGUUCGACAUCGUCUGUCUCGGCCGUCCUGUCACAUUUUUAUUUCACUGUGUCCAACUUUAGACCCAUAGAUAUUUCUAUUCUUUCCAAGGCUUUUGAAGGCCAAUCGACAAAGUUUACCAGAGGAACGCGCGCACCUGCAUCUAUCUAUUUGAGAUGGAAGAAUGGUGUAUAUGCUGUAGAUGUUGACAAGAGCCAUGAUGUAGAAGACACAAUUCUUUCGUUAAUGGGUAGAUCCAUGGAGAAAGUUUUGACAUUAGAGCCGGAAGAAUACAACCGGUAUCUUAAGGACAAUGCAAUCGAGUUUCCAGAAGAAGAAAAAAAUCUUCCCGAAUCAUACGCUUAUGGACAAAUUGGAAAAUUUCUAUUGCGAUCUCAGCUUGACUGUUAUGAUUCCAGACUGCCAAGAGGUACAUUCGACCUGAAGACUAGAGCUGCUAUCCCAAUUCGAUUGGAUAUGUCUAAUUAUUCCGAUUAUCUUGGCUACACUUUGAAACGAUCCCACGGUCUGGUGGAAUCAUUUGAGAGAGAUUUCCAAGUACGGAUAGGACACAUGGACGGUAUUAUGGUCGCGUACCACAAUACUUCUAAGCUGUUUGGGUUUCAGUAUAUUUCGAGAGAGGAAAUGGACUCACGCAUAUUCGGAACAACGAAGAUGGGCGAUGAAGCAUUCCGUAACACACUCGUCUUGUUUGAAGCUGUUCUAGAUAAGGCAACUGCCAAAUACCCUGACCAGACAUUGCGGUUGUCAUUCGAAGCUAAGGAAUCCAAAAAUGCUAGCUCUACAAAGUUGAACAUCUUUGUCGAAGCUGUUCCACCCGAAGAAGAAGCCAAAACAGAGUCUGACGCACCUUUGCUGGAGGACAAUUUUGGAACUAAAUUCUUCCAAACCCAUGAUCCUACCUUGGACCCAUACAGCAAGUUGACAAUGUUUACUAUGUCAACUGAAUCUUACGUGAAUGGAAAACAAAUUAGUGAUUAUGUCAACUUGAGAAGAGAUACAGACGAGUGGUCAGUGCAAUAUCAAAUAGACGAGACGAACAAGGACGAGGGACAUGUAGAAUCGAUGUUUAGGAGUCUUAGAAGAACACAAUCGAAUAUAUUUUCGGCGAGCAAAUAUCCUAUUCCUAUUCUGAAGCAGCUCAAGUCUCUAAGUGAGAAGCAAUUGAAAAUGGAGAGACAAAGCAGAAAAACAGGCAAUUCCAAGUCAAUUGAACCCAACGAUUAAUUUCAAUUUGUCAUGAUAAUAAAAUAAUAAUAGAAAAUAUUAAUAAUAAAAAUUGAAAAUACACAUUAUACACACAUU